GGUUGUCGAAAGGGUUUUGUUUUAAUUCCCGUCGGUGAGCAGCGUGAACACUCCAUCAUCAUCAUCAUCAUCAUCAUUAUUAUUAUACAGUGCUACAAUCCCAUGCUUAACUCACCGUAAAACGGACCUGCUGACUGCUGAACACCAGGACUGCUGUAUAUUGUCUGUGAGUCACAAUGAAUUCCCUCACAGCAGACCGAAAGACUCCAGUGGACUAUGGUGUUCAGAUCCGCUUUAUCAAAGACCUAGAAGACAUGGGUGGAGGCUAUGCUGAGAGAAGUCGUGGUGUUGGAGGGGCCGGAGCUGCUGGUGGAAGUGGGACUUCUCCAUCCUCUUCAUAUGGGGUUGCAGUAAGGGUUCAGGGCAUUUCUGGACAGCCCUAUGUGGUGCUAAAGGAUGGAGAGAAGGGUGACUCAUAUGGAGUGCAGCUCAAGACCCAGCCACAGACCCCGAUUCUUGGACAUUCGUCCCCAUUCAACAGCCUUUCUUCAAGACCACAUGAUAUUGCACAGACUCCUAAAGUCCCAUACAGUGCACUUGGGCCACCAGGUUCGCCAGAGCAAGAGACAGUCAAAUUUGGGAGCCCUUUGAAGAGGCCACCAGGUGAUGGGCAAGCAGGAAGUCAGGGUGAUGGAGAAAGAGGGACUACAGAAAAAUCUGGAUCUGCUCCUUCAUUCAAGGACUCUGAGAAGAAAGACCUCAAAGAGCUGAAUGAAGCUGGUCUUAGACCAGUGCGGCAGAAUGGAAUUGGUGGAACUGUAAAUGGGACAAGUACGGCUGGGGAAGAGCUGGUGGAAGCCAUUGACACAAAAUCUUUAGCACCCAUUAAUAAACUUAUCAGUAAAUUUAACAGCAGUGCCACCUCUACCAUGCCAAGCCGAUUCAGAGGUCGCUCUAAAGCUCGAGCAUCUCUGCAGUUCGAUGAGCGAAAGCGUUCUCACAGCUUGGAUGCUCGCGAUGACAAGGAAGAAGAGCCUCCUGCCUCACAAACCAUAAAUCCCUAUGCUCCUGCAGUAAACUCCACAUCAGUCUCCAGUCUUACAUCACCCAAACCUACAAAAUACAACAGUCUUGGCCAGAGCUCUCCUACCAUAGCAAAGGUGCCAGCUGUUCCUGCCUCAAAGGCACCUACCGUAAAUAAAACUCCAAGGAUGUUUGUUGCAAAUGAAGUGCCACCUGCUCUAUUACAGAAACAGGUAACUCCUGAAAUUCUGAGCUGCCAAAGUCAAAGUACUGAUUCCAUUAAUAGAGGUGAAGCUCAAGAAAAACAGGCAAUCUACGAAGUGCUCAGAGAAGGGUCUGUCGAGAGCGAGACAUCACUGAGACGAAAAGCGAAUGUCAUUCAUGAGCUGUACAGAGGGAUGAAGGAGGAGAACGAGGCACCAAACAGCUGCUUACAAGAGCAGCUUGAUCAGACCAAGAGAGAACUGCAGCAUGCUCAGGACCGCUUUGUGGAGCUGCACUUGGAGAAGGAGCGGUUGGAUUCUCGAUGUCAUCAACAAGAGGAUCAGCUGGCUCAGCUACAGGAGGAGCUGAGGAGAGUGGCGGAGAGCGCACCUCACACACACUCGCUGCACAUGGACCUACUGACGCUUCAGACUGAGCUGGCUGAGGUGGAGAUGCUGAGGCAGAAGCAGGAGGAGACGCUGCACAUGAGAGAGAGGGAGCUCACUGCUCUGAAGGGGGCACUAAAGGACGAGGUGGCAGCACAUGACAGGGAGAUGGAGGCACUCCGAGAACAUUACAGCCAAAAUAUGGCGGCACUUCAAAAAAGCAUGGAGCAUGUAUCAGAGUCACAGCAGGAGAUCGAGGAAGAGCGGCAAAAAGUCAACGCCUCGAUUGUGGCUCUGGAAGAGGAGCUGGACGGUUACAGGGAGCAAAGCGAGCACUGGAAAGAGCAGAUGACCUCCGUCCAACAGGAAUGCAGGCAGCGCAGCUUGUUUCAAACACUGCUGCAUGCUCAGCAGGAAAAGAAGGAGCUUGAGGAGAAGCUGCUCAGUCUGAAGAAGCAGACGUGUGAAACAGACUCUCACUCCUUCACUCAGUUUCAGGAGCUGCAGCACUGUGUGGACGAUCUAACACAGGCACAUCUAAAAAUUGAUGAGCAGAACGCUGAGUUGGUGAAGAAGGAGGAGGAGCUACGUGCCCUGAAAAGAACCAGUCGAGACAAAGAAAAGGAGCUUGAGGCUGAAGUUGAAAAACUGAAGGAUCAGGCAAAAAAGGACAAAGAGGAGCUUUCCAAAGAGCUGCAGAAGACACAACAAUCCCUGUUGCAGUCCAGUCGGCCCGAUAGUGACGCUUCAGAUGCUCUGGAGGAUGAGAACCGCUCUCUGAAGAUGCAGCUGGAGGAAGUGAGGCAUGAUGCGUCUCGCCUCAGCCACGAGAAAGAGAAGCUCAGCCGCCAGCUGGAGGAAAGAGAAAGAGAGAGAGAAAGCUUGCGGCGAGGAAAACAGGAGCUGGAGGAGCAAAAGAGACUGCUGGACCGAGCACUGGAGAAGAUGAACAAAGAUGUGGACAUGCUGAUGGGUGACUCUCGUCAGUCUGUGCAGAGCCUGCAGCUUCAGCUGGAUGAGUUCAGAGAUCGCUCUCGUAAAGAGCUUCAGGAAUCUCAGAGACUCAACAAGGAGCGACUGCUUGAGCUGCAGAGAACACAGACCAACCUCAAAGCAGCACAGGACGAGGUGGUGCGUCUAAAGAAGGACCUGCUGGUGUGUUCUGAGGAGAGGGACAGCGCUCAGCUAGAUAAGGAGCUGCUGAGCAGCCGACUGAAACACAUGGAGAGAGAACUGGACAGUGAGAGGAGCUCACAGACUGACCGCAGCAGAGAGAUUCGACUUUUGGAGGAUAAAGUAAAGACGUUGGAAAUCGAACUGGAUGAGGAAAAGACAGGAGCAGAGCUUCUGAACGAGCGAAUCACACGCAACCGUGAGCAGGUGGAUCAGCUGCGCUCUGAACUGAUGCAGGAGCGAUCUGCCAGACAUGACCUGGAGAUGGAUAAGAGUUCCCUGGAGAGACAGCUAAAAGAGCUGAAGUCUCGGUUAGCUGAUGUGGAAGUUCAGCCGAGGUCUACUGCAGGACUCACUAUACUGGAGAGCAAAAUACAGGAGCUGGAAGAUCGGUUACGCAGCGAGGAAAGAGAGAAAAGCAGCAUCCAAGGAGCCCAGAGGAGGAUAGAGAGAAAAUUUAAGGAGGUGAAUGCCACACUGGACCAGGAGAGAAAACAGCACGCAGAACAGCGAGACCAGCUCUCUUUGCGUGUGAAGGCACUGAAGAGGCAGCUGGAUGAUAGCGAGGAAGAGGUGGAGAGAUUAGAAGGAGUAAGGCGGAAGAUUCUGAGGGAUCUGGAGGAGCAGCAAGAGCUGAAGGAUGUGUUGCAGGCCAAAGUCAGCACGCUGGAAAAUGAACUGAGGAGAAAGACCCAACAGACACGACGUCCCACACUGGGAUCUGCUCUCAGCUCAGAGGAAGAGGAUGGAAGCUUUGACUCUAAAAGCAUCACGUCCAUCUUGACCGAGUCACAGCUCCAGACCACCACCUGCUAGAGAGAGAGAGAGAGAGAUGUACAACCUCAGACCAGUGUUUAUCUCCUUCUGCUGAAAGAUAAUGAGUGAUUCAUAUAAACAAUGCCUUAAUUCUGUAGAGAACAUAAAGUGCCUGAAAGUGAUGAAGAAAAAACUCUUAGAACUGAAAUCCUUCUUAAAUGAAGAGCUGAAAUAGAUUUACUUUAAUUCAAACAUGUCUUCUGUCCUUUUUACUGUAUUAUGGCUGAAUGUUUAUUAUUGAUCAGUUAUAUAAAGAUUCUCUCUUUCCAA